GUUGGCUACUGGCUUUUAAAUAGUGAAAAUAUCCAGGCGGUUCCUUUGGUUGCCUAACACAAGCGGUGUUUCAAACAAACAAGAUGGCCUGUACGAAAACUAAGCGUAGAGCUCGUACUCGCACUCAGCGGUUCACUUCGAAUGUUUUUUCCAUGUUUAAUGAAGCUCAAAUCAGCGAAUUCAAGGAAGCGUUCCUAAUGAUUGAUUCAACUAAAGAUGGUGUCAUUGAUAAGCAUGACUUAGAAGAUAUUUUCAUCUCCUUGGGAAAAUCGCCAAACGACGAGUACUUAAACGAUAUGCUUUCACAAGCACCCGGUCAAAUAAAUUUCACAAUGUUUUUAACAUUAUUUGGUGAGAAAAUGAUGGGGUGUGAUCCGGAAGAAACGAUUUUAAAUGCUUUUGCUUGUUUUGAUCCUGAGGGGACAGGUGUAAUAAGUGAGAAAACGUUUACGUGAAUUAAUGACUACAAUGGGGGAUAGAUGGUCUAAUGAGAAAGUUGAUGAAUUAUUCCAUGGUGCACCGAUUCAAGAUGGGAAUUUCGAUUAUAAAGAAUUUACACGAAUGAUUAUGCAUGGUCAAGAAGAAGAAGAAGGUCAAACAAACCAAACAUAAUUUUAUUAUCAACUGAUCUUUUAUAUAGUUGAUAGCAAAUUGAAUUUUAUACUCAUGACACUUUCUAACUUUUCAAAAUAUAUACACACGUAUACAUUCAUUUUUGCUAAUCUGUUGUAUUUCUUUUUUUUACAUUCCAUUUCUACUCUACUCAUUGCUUGCUACUAUUUGUGCCUUAACGCAAAGCACCAAGAAAUAUAUCUUUGAAUGCAU